GAUCGUAUUACAGGCGGGGAAAGAGAGAGGGAGACACGGUGCGGCGAGGCGCGAGAGCCGGGGACAGAAAGCCCGGACACCCGGGGGCUUGAGCUGAGGCGAGCCCGCGCAGGGACACUGGAUUAAAGCCCCGCGAAAUACGGAGGAUGUUCACCGGGAGCCCCGCGGACUGUUUCGGCGUCGACACGAGAGCGAGACAGCGCCGCAUUAAGGAGCUUUUCUCCGAGGAGAGCGAGAUUUCGGAUUAGCCCGCUGGCUAACCUAGCUUUAGCUGCCGCGCUGGAUUCCUAUGGGCAGCAGGCUAAGCUAAGCUAACCCAGGCUGCUACCUCCCCGCCGUGUGUUCGGGGGAAUAAAGCAGAAGGGAGGGCUGUCAUGUCGGUUUUGAGGACACGCGAGGCUCGGGAGGGCCGGUUUGGUGUAAAUAUUUAGCGGUCAGUGCGAGUGAAAGCGUUUUUGUUUGUUUGCUGCUGCAGCUGUGGGACCUCAGCCAGAGCAGCGCCUCCACCGCCGCCGCUACAAAAUCACAUUUCAGCCAGAGCUGAUCAACAGCACAGCGCUCCCACUCUGUCCCGAGAACACCACAGGACUCCUGAAACCUUCAGACAACACUCCAGAGGAUUUCUAACAGAGCCAGAACAGCGGAGGACCUCUAAAACAACACAGCCGAGGACUUCCCACAACACUCAGCGCUCCAGAGGACGCCGCUCAGUAUCACCCACAACUCAGGAUUUCGAGGAUUUCCUGCGGUGCUGCUUUUGCUUUUAAAGCCAGUCUCCUGCCAACCAAACUGCCUCAUUUCUCUCUGAAUGCUGUUGCUCUUCUCUGCUCGCUGGCUGGCCGCCCAAGUCCUGCCAGCUUAGUACAACAGCACACAACUACACAACAGCAGAUCCAAUAGCAUAGAUUUGAUUUGACAACUUCAACACACAUCUACUGCCAAUAUAAACAGAUCCCCAUCUCUCAACUGUUGCACUUCUAACAGGACAACACAGAAAACAAGAAAACGGCUUUAACAACAGCUACUAAAUAAACAACAGUGUUUAGUGUUCACCACUAAUAUUUACACAGCUAGUACAGAAUGCAACGUAAACAACACUGCGACUGCAAUGUAAACGCAACAGUAGAUCAUUUAACACCAUCUAUGCCAACAUCUGCAGUGUGUGUACGUACCAUCAAUGUCAGUCAAUCUCUAUCUCAUCCACAACAGCAGCAGCAGCAGCGCAAACACUAAAUCAGACACAUCUGCAACUUUAGCAUCUGCAGCGUAAAUACGAUCUACAUCACACUAGCAGCUACAGUGUUAAUAACACCUGCUAGGUGUUAAGGUCAGCAUAUACAGACUAAACAUCAACUUCAGCUUCUACAGACUUAACAAUAUCUGCAAAGUCAGCAUCUACAAUGUAAAUACAGUCUUCAACCUCAGCAGCUACAGCAUAAACAACCACAGAGCAACAUCAUCUACAGUCUCAUCACUAUCUACAUCAGUGCCUACAAGGAAAACAGCUUCUUCUAUUACUUAUCUUCUAUAACAUCAGACUCUACAGUGUAAACAGCAGCAUCUCCACCAUAAGCACCAUCUACAAUAUAAACGAGAACAACAAAAACAGCAUAAAAAGCAUCUACAACGUGAACAACAGCAAAUUCAGCCGAAGCAUUGGUGUGUGUGUGAGUGUGUAUCCCACACUGAUCCUCCGGCAGCAUGUUCUCUGUGCGGAUUGUUUGUGCGGAUUACUACAUGGCCAGCCCCUUGGCGGGACUGGACGUGUGUUACUCUGAGUUUAGGGAGAGCGAGGUGAAGAGGGUGCCAGUGGUCCGGAUCUUCGGCUCCACACCUGCAGGUCAGAAGACGUGUCUUCAUCUGCACGGUGUAUUACCGUAUAUCUACGUUCCAUACGAUGGGUUUGGGCAACAGCCGGAGCGUUACCUGCGGCAGGUGGCGUACAGCAUCGACAGAGCGAUCAAUAUCAGCCUGGGAAACCCUUCCUCCUCCAAUCAGCAUGUCCAUAAGAUCACUGUGGUGUCUGGCAUGCCUUUCUAUGGUUAUCAUGCUCAAGAGAAGCCCUUCAUGAAGAUCUAUCUCUACAACCCACAGAUGGUUAAAAGAGUUUCUGAGCUGUUACAGGGUGGCGCUGUAAUGAAUAAGUGUUUCCAGCCGCAUGAGGCGCACAUCCCCUUCCUCCUUCAGCUCUUCAUCGACUACAACUUGUAUGGCAUGAACCUCAUCAGCCUGUCCGCAGUACGCUUCCGCAAACGCAAAACAUCAGAAGGAAACAGUGUGUUGGAAAGCAGAAGUCCGUGGAAAAGUUCCUGCACCUCCAAACUCAAUGAGAGCACUCUGGGGGGAACCUAUGCUCGGUGGGAUGAGGAUAAUUUACCCAGUUCUCUGGUGAUAGAAGACGUGGCGAGGGUAAGUGUGUGUGAGCUGGAAGCUGACGCUGUUGCCGCUGACGUUCUGAACCGGCUGGAGAUCGAGAAUCAGAUUGGCAGGAAUCCAGGUCUGCAGGCGAUCUGGGAGGACGAGAAGCAGAGAAGAAGAGAGAGAAAUGAGAGUUCACAGAUUGACACUCCUCAGUCGCAGGAUCGGCCAUGUGUGGAGCAGGUGGAGAGCGAGAGGAUCUUCAUGAAGAGAUUUAAACAGAUUCUGAGGGAAAAUCAGUUUGACGUGACUCAGAGUGGAUCUGUUGUUGAUGAGGAAGAUGACAUUGAAGAUGAUUUUCCAGAACUGUCUCUCCAUCCUGAUGUUCUAAGCCCAGAUGAUCUGCCCCCUAUUCCUGCCAGCCAGGUGGAGGUACACAGAGACUCUCCCCCAGACAAUAAAAGGUCAGGUGGAAAAGAUGCAGAAGUGGCCAUCGUAGAUGAGGAGGCCAUUUUGAGUUUGUUGGAAAGCAGCCAGACGUUCCUCCCGGCAUCUCAAAGAUCCAACCAAUCAGCUUUACUCGACAACAGCCAGGACCAGGCUAUGGUGGACUUGCUUGAGGGGCUAGCGGAUGAUUGCUUCCAGCCAGAGGUUACCAGAGCUGCUUCUGGUCGGCAGCUGUCUAGCAGCGCUAACUGUCCCUACAACAGUGACGAGGAGGAGGCGGUGCCUGAGUUUGAGAAAGAGGAGGCGGAGCUGAGUGUGCUGAUGUCACAGAGAUGGGACAGUGAUAUUCCAAAAUCCUCAAACCGAUUGAUCCUAAAGGAUGUAAAUGACAGCUCCAGUGAAGAACGGCAUGACUCGUCAGAUGAAGAGAUGGAUUGGAGUGGAAACAAUGACCUCUUUGCUGACCUAGCCAUUCCCCAACUGGAUGGUGCUGCAGAUGAGAACAGCGAUUCGUCAUUACCUGACAAAGGAUCUCGAAGUCACUCGUCUCUUACCGCAAACGAUAAGAUUCUGGGAAGAAGAAACCACUUUCAGAGUGAAACUGUUCACCUGGAUCCUCCAUCUUCAGCUAAAGUCCUUCUUGAGUGCAAACACCCUGACCACAGGCAGUCCCUCCCACUUGAUAAAGAGGAACCUGUGGACAAGGACUUCUCUGCAAAAAGCCAGGAGGGUAAUGACCUGUUAACGGGGUUGAAGGUGAAUAAAGAGAUCCCGUACAUUCCACCAGUCAAGCACCCAAUCCCAUGCAAUAUUGCAAAUGUGUCCCAGCUUGCUCCUGAGAAAGGAGGUGGACACCCACUCUACUCUAGUGAGACCAAAAGUGCUGUCCCAAACCAGGCAGAUACCGAUGGUUUAGGCUUUGGAAACUCAAAACUUUCCCAGAGCAGAAAAAAAUACAGCAGCAUCAAAAAUGCUGAGAAGAAUCUCAUAUCCGUCAAAAGUUUAUCUGUGAGUUAUUCUGAGCUGAGGAGCUGUUCUGAGCAGAGUCAGAAAGACUGCAGGAGCCCUGUGGUGAGGAACUUUGAACAGACGCCAAGUCCGAUGGAGGAUAUGGAGCCCUUGGCCCCUCAUGAAGGUGAGAUGGGCAAGGAGAGUGAGGAGGGUGAUGUUGGGGAGCUUAAGAUCCGGUAUGAGGACUACCAGGAGAACAAAACCGAAAGGACCAUAGUAGCCCGACAGGAAGCUCACUACAAGUUCUUUCCUAGUGUUAUUCUCUCAAACUGCCUCUCAAGACCUAUGAAAAAGCAGGUUGGAACUAAGACUGCAGAAGGCUGUUGUAACCUGGAUCAUCAACCAGAGCAACGAAGGUCGAGAUUGAAGUUGAGCAAAAAGAGGAACAGUCCAGUUAGUCAGAAGAGGGCAAAUGUGAUGGAAAACACCCAAAGUCCCAAAACUGAAAGUACUGUCACAGAGUCCACUGCAGUCUCACCAGCCCAUGCAAACAAGGAAACUGAAGAAAAGGCUGAGAUGGAAAACCUAGACAUUGCAGAGCCUGAUUCAGCUGUGGGCAAGAGCUCAAUUGAGUGUUCCAUUGAUGAUCAACUGACUGAUCUUCCUGCCAAAAUAGCUUGCACCAACGUGUCCAGUUUACCAGGUAGCAAAUACACCUUGCGUACAAAACGUAAGGCUAUGAGUUAUGAUAGCGAGGAUGGUGAUCACUCAAGCACACGUUCCUUCAAGCAAGCCUUGGCGCGUCGAAACAGCCUCAAAGAAAACUUUGUGCUCACGAGUAGUCAGAAAAAGAGAAAGCUGUCAAAAAAGGAGCCACCAGUCAUAAUCAAAUACAUCAUAAUCAACAGGUUUAAAGGGCAGAAGAAUAUGUUGGUAAAGAUGGCCAAGGUCUGUGCAGAUGAACCACGUGUGGUGUUGACCCAAGAGAAGCUUGAGCAGUAUGGCAAACUUGCCCCUCUGAAAAGUUUCUGGCCCAAGGUUCCUGAGUCAACAGCUGUCAAAUACCCUGUUUCAGAGCCAAAAGUAAAGAAACACCCCAAACGGAAGGCCAAGGUAACACCACCCGUAGGGAGAGUCAGUAGCUCCCCCAAAACACCUUGCGUACAGAGCAGUAAAGUCAGAAGGACUCAGAAGGCUAAAACAGUGUUAUCUUUGCCAAAACUUCCUGCUCCUUGGCCGUGCUAUAAUGACCGCAGUGAUGACUUUUGCACUGAGUACUCCGAUGUCAUGAUGGAGUUGGGUUAUCUUUCUGAUAGAGCACCCAGUCCCGCUGAUUCAACUCCCCCUCGAUGCUGGUCUCCAACUGACCCUCUUCUAGAAACAGAUGUGAAUGAUCACCUAAUAAAUUCUCACAGUGAUCCUUGUCUUGCCUCGACGUAUGAAGGACUGUCCACAAAACUUUAUGGUCGAGGCAUUCGCAACAAAAACAAGACAACCAGAUCAAAGAAAGAUCCUGCCGUGAGCCCUAAAAGAAAGACAAAAAACACUAAUAAGCAAGCUGAGGGGGAUCCAGAAAUAACGGGCGACACACAUACAAAAAACUCUGGCAGAACUUCAAGAAGACCAAAGAAAGACACUGAAAGUAAGGAAGGAACCAAUGCAGUUGAUCCUUCUCAGAAGUGUCGUAGAUCACGUAAGAAGAAGCAGAUUGAAGGAUCUGAAAUCUCCUCUUCAGUUGUAGGACCACUCGAUGGUUCUCAGUCUUUGGAUCAAGCUGAUGACCUCCUUUCCACUCAGACGUCGGACGAUUUGACUCCAUACCAGCAUCCAGAUUCUUCUUGCCAAAAGGAUCCUCAGCUGAGCAUUUCAAGUUCACAAACAGUACCAUCAGUUGUUGAACUAAAGUCAGAGGAAAGUCAGUGUAACAUUGGGGAUGUGUUUGGCUUUAAUGCACCCACUUCAGAUGACCAAGAUUCUCAGUGUUCUCAGAAUACUGCUAAUCCAUUUGUUGUCAAAUCUCUAAAUAGUGUUCUCUCCCCAGCUGCAAAGACUUCCGGACACCCGUGCUCGGUCAUAACUUAUAGUAGAUCCAGUUCAAGGUCGGAGAGUGUUGGUCAAGACGGAAAUAUUUCCCCCAAUCCAUAUGAAUUCAAAUCGGAUCCCUCAGGUGCAGAACACAGCCCUAAAGCGAUACAGCUUUCUCAGGCAGCCCCAAAACCCCAAUCUAGCAAACCCAGGCGACGACCACCCAAAAAGAAAGAAAUUCCAGAAAACACGUCUUCUAUGAGCGAUCCUCCUCAGUUUACGACAUCAAUGAAUGUUACAACAGAUGGACCUCACAAAGAUAUCGAUGAACUACAUUCAGUGCCAAGAAAUGGCGAGAACCCAUCUCAUACCGAGAUGCCUUCUGGCCUUGCUGUCCUGAAGGAACUUCUCCAGAAGAAGCAGUUGCAGGGUGCUGAUACUGUUGUGCCAGAAAGUGUUUAUAGUGCAAAGCAAGCUUCUAAUGCUGCCAAAUCUAAAAGAGCUCCCUCGAAGACACCAAGGAAACCCAGGAUCCCAAAAUCUCAGGUGCAAAAGGAGUCAAAGCCAAGAAGCAGAAAAGGAAAGAGUGCUAAUGCUGAUACUCCUAUUAAACUGGAACCUCCUCUUUCAGAUGGAAGCCCUGGGUUUUUGUCUGAUCCUGGUUUUGACAGCUGCUACUCCAUUGAAGACAGUUUAUCUCCUGAGGUUCCUCAUAAUUACAGCUUUGAUAUCAACGCUGUUGAGCAGGCUGACUUCUCUGGUCUGUAUUCCAGUAGCCGCUUUGUUUUAACAGACAAAAAUUUACCUCAGAAGUUUCUCAGUGAUGUCAAGCAAGAGGCCAUAUCUACUCUGGAUAUGGAAAACAGGCAAGCAAAGGAACUGGACACUGAGGAAAGCUUGUGGCAGAAGCCCAGAUCUCUUAGUCCUGAGCUCUUUGACAAGUCAACUGGUGGGAAUGGGGAACGAGUUCCCAAUGAGUUCCCUCUGUCCCUGCUGGACUCUGAAAAGGUUUUGAAAAGCAGGGAGUGGGGAAUGUCUUUGAGUAAAAUACAUGGCAGUCACUUUCAGGACUUCCACUGUGAAAAAAGUGACCUGCUGUACGGUCCUGAUCAUUGUUUGCCCCUAUCCUCAGUGUCUUUUGCUGAUAAUGGUGUGUCUCCAACCGGGGACCUGCUGGAUGGAAACGAUGCGUUUACAUCAACAACUCCCAGCAGUUCCCCGCGGUCUGUCAGCUCUUUGUCACAACUGAGAAAUGGCACUCAGGCUCAGAAGAGUGGAGGAGCUCACAUCCUCAAGCCCUUAAUGUCCCCUCCCAACCGUGAGGAGAUCCUCAAUACCUUGCUGGACUUGGACCUUUCAGAAGCCACCUACCAGGAACCGUUCUGCAGUGACCCUGCAGAUGCACCCUUAAAGCCAAGGGAAAUCGGCGGGCGCAAGUUGGUGUUGGAAACGAGGCUUGCGAAAGAUCUGAUGGAGUUCAGUAGUGAUUUGUCUCAGGAGGGUCUUCAUUUCUGGAAAGCCGCAUUCUCAGCCAUGACUUGUGCGGGGUCGCUGCAUUACCGCGGUGCUGAAACAUCCAAAUUCACCAAAGAUCAAAAGGAACGGAGUCCGUCCCCCACCUGCGAUCAGAAAGUAAUCCUGCUGCCCUGCAAAAGUGCUCCGAGCCGGGACCGGGUUCAGCUUUGGCUUCAUGCAAAGAGACAGUAUGAGUGUCUUCAGAAGGAGAGGAAAAGAGCCGGUACAAAAAAUCUGAAGCUGAAGGAACAUGACAAAGAUCAGCCGAUUGAAAGCGGGCCAUUUGACGACGAGGAGUUAGAAAGGUCUCCUAUUUCAGAGAGGCUAGAUGAAGGUUCUCAAAGAGUGUCUGCUUUACAGGCUCUCAGGAGAAAAAAGUUGAGUUUAUCUCUCCAUGCGUCACCAGUUGAGGAUACAGCGUUUGAUAACAGCCAAGCGGGCAGGACGCAAACCAUGGCUUUUGAAAACAAAACAGAAGAAAAAGACGAGGGUGACUCCAUUAAACAGACUCCUUCUCCAGACUUUGCUGGCCUGCCAACAUGGCAGCAAUCUACUGACCACAGUUUUGAUCAGAUGGAUCCAGAUGAUGACAAGCAGGAGUUUGCUGCUGGAUCAGCAUCUCCUAGCAUAGGUGGGUCCGUAGGCAAUCCCUGCGAGUCUCCAGAUAGCAUUAAGCCAAAGCAGUUCCUCAGUCCCUCUCCAUUCCCUAUGAAAACCCAGAAGGGAGGCAGUCCCUGCAUCCUCCACAGCACUCCCGUCUUCAGCCGGAGAAGAAGCAAGGAUGAACCUGAUCUGGAUUACAGCCCUCCUGGAUCAGAAGAUGUGGAGCCAAAGUCUAGAAGAGCUCAGCACAGGAGAAACAGCAACACUGAUGCAUUACGGAGGGUGCUGCUGACCACACAGAUGAAGAAUCAGUUUAUGAAUGUAUCCAAGAGGGACAGUUCUCAGAUUGAGGGUCCGUCCAUUUGCAACUCUUAUGGUUUUAAAGUCAGCAUGCAGAACCUGCAGGAGGCUAAAGCGCUUCAUGAGGUCCAGCAUCUGACAGUGAUGACUAUGGAGCUGCACGCUCGGACUCGCCGUGACCUGGAGCCUGACCCUGAGUUUGACCCCAUAUGUGCCUUAUUCUACUGCCUCAGCUCAGACAGCACACUGCCCGACUCCGACAGCAUGCAGUUCACAGGAGCCGUCAUCAUCGACAAGGACUGCCACUCUGCAGGACAAGGUUCAAGGAGCACAGCACCCCUGCUGGUCAGGUCUGGUGUUGCGGGGCUCCAGGUUAGUUAUGCUGCUGAGGAAAAGGAGCUGUUUGAAGAAGUCUGCAACAUCAUGAGGAGGUAUGACCCGGACAUCCUGGUGGGAUACGAGGUGCAGAUGCGUUCGUGGGGGUACCUGCUGCAGCGGGCUUCAGCACUGGGAGUGGAUCUGUGCCAACAGCUCUCUCGAGUGCCAGGAGAUGCAAAGGAGAACCGCUUCACUGCAGACAAGGAUGAGUACGGCGCCGACACCAUGAGCGAGAUACACAUUGUUGGACGCAUCACCAUCAACCUUUGGAGGAUCAUGAAGACAGAGGCUGCGCUGAAUAACUACAGCUUUGAGAAUGUGGCAUUUCACCUUUUGCACCAGCGCUUCCCCUUGUACAGCCCGCGCACACUUUCUGACUGGUUUGACCACAAAACACACCUGUACAGGUGGAAGGUGGUGGAUCACUAUGUGAGUAGAGUGUGUGGAGUGGUUCAGCUCCUUCGGCAACAGGACAUUGUUGGGCGCACCAGUGAGUUUGCACGUGUGUUCGGGAUCCAGUUCUACCACGUGCUGACUAGAGGAUCCCAGUACCGUGUGGAGUCAAUGAUGUUGCGAGUCGCUAAGCCGAUGAACUACAUCCCCGUGACUCCGAGCACACAGCAACGAGCCCAGCAGAGGGCACCGCAGUGCAUCCCACUCGUCAUGGAGCCGGAGUCCCGCUUCUAUAGCAACUCUGUGGUGGUGCUGGACUUCCAGUCUCUGUAUCCCUCCAUUGUCAUUGCCUACAACUACUGCUUUUCCACCUGCCUCGGACACGUGGAGAGCCUCGGAACGUCGGAUGAGUUUCGGUUUGGUUGUACGUCUCUCCGUGUUCCUCCUGAUCUCUUGUAUCAACUUCGUAAUGACAUCACUGUGUCCCCUAAUGGAAUCGCAUUUGUUAAGGCGUCGGUGCGUAAGGGUGUUUUGCCGCGGAUGUUGGAGGAGAUCCUGCAGACGCGUUUCAUGGUAAAGGGGGUGAUGAAAUCGUAUCGGGAUGAUAAAGCUCUGCACCGGCUGCUGGACGCUCGCCAGCUUGGACUCAAACUCAUCGCUAACGUCACCUUUGGCUACACCUCUGCUAACUUCUCUGGCCGCAUGCCCAGUGUGGAGGUCGGCGACAGUAUUGUACACAAAGCAAGAGAAACGCUGGAGAGGGCGAUCAAACUGGUGAACGAAACGAAAAAGUGGGGAGCGCGAGUAGUGUACGGUGACACAGACAGUAUGUUUGUGCUGUUGAAGGGAGCUACUAAAGAGCAAGCGUUUAAGAUUGGACAUGAAAUCGCUGAAGCUGUGACGGCCACCAACCCCAAACCGAUCAAGCUCAAGUUUGAGAAGGUGUAUCUCCCAUGUGUUCUGCAGACUAAGAAGCGCUAUGUGGGUUAUAUGUAUGAGACUGUGGAUCAGAAGGAUCCUGUGUUCGACGCUAAAGGCAUUGAGACUGUGCGGAGAGACGGCUGCCCCGCUGUUGCCAAGAUCUUGGAGCGGUCAGUAAAACUGCUGUUUGAGACGCGGGACAUCAGCCUGGUGAAGCAGUAUGUUCAGCGGCAGUGCGUCAAGGUACUGGAGGCUAAAGCUAGCAUGCAGGACCUGACCUUCGCUAAAGAAUACAGAGGCAGCGGCUCCUACAGGCCGGGAGCGUGCAUACCAGCGCUGGAGCUAACCAGGAGGAUGAUGUCGUACGACCGAAGGUUAGAGCCGCGUGUCGGAGAGCGAGUGCCGUAUGUUAUUGUGUACGGUACUCCGGGGGUCCCUCUGAUCCAGCUGGUACGGCGCCCCUUGGAGGUUCUGCAGGACCCCAGCCUGCGCCUAAACGCUACGUAUUACAUCACCAAGCAGAUCCUGCCCCCAGUUGCCCGCAUAUUCAGCCUGAUCGGAGUGGACGUGUUCAGCUGGUACCAGGAGCUGCCCAGGAUCCAGAAGUCCUCCUGUCCCUCAGGGGGCGCUGUAGGAGAGGAGGUGGGAAGGAAAGGCACCAUCUCUCAGUAUUUCACCACAUUGCAUUGCCCAGUGUGUGACGAGCUCACACAGCUGGGGGUGUGUGAGCGGUGUCGGGCGGAGCCUCAGCGCGUUGUCGUCACUCUCCAGCAGAACCUCAGGCAAUGGGAGAGCCAGCAAGACCAACUGCUCAAGAUUUGUCGGGCGUGCAGUGGCAGCGUGGAACGCCAGGUUCCGUGUGUUUCUCUGGACUGUCCGGUUCUCUAUAAAGUGACCCGAGUCACCCGGCAGCUCUCCAGAGCGCCAUACCUCCGACAGCUACUGGAGCAGUUCUGACCUCUCUCUCUCUCUCUCUCUCUCUCUUUCUCUCACUCUCUUAUCCUCUCUUUCUCAUUCUCUCCAUCUCUCUCUUAUCCUCUCUUUCUCUCUCUUUCUCUCUCCUGGUGCUAAAAAGACUGUUGUAAAGCAGCUCAGUGUUCAUGUCUGUCUUAUAUGGUGCUUUUUACCCCUCUUUUUAACCCCAAGGGUUCUUGUCUUGCGUUUUCGUCCUGUAUUUUUUUGGAGGGGUUUUUGUUGAGCAUGCUCAGUUGCUCGGUGGGACUGAAGAGGAGCAGACGUGUUAACAUGGUGAUUCAUUAGCCUCCUAAUCAGUAGAGUUUUCAUUGUCGCUGCUAUCAACUGAAAAAAAGUGAUUUCUUUUUUAUUUUGAUGGUUUGUAUUGAAGUCUGUUGUGUGGGGAGUGUGAUUUUGAGGCGAUGUGAUCAGAGGCUGAUCUUUAACUCCUGCGCUGUAUGAAUACGACUAAACCGGCCUGUCCAGUGACCCUCCCCACAGCGAUUGUCUUUUUAAUCAUCUGAACGAAAGCCGUGUAAAUAUGUCUGUAUAGUGACUGUCUGAAGUUCUGUGUAUGUAAGUGUUUAUGGAAAAAAAUUUAAAAUCAAGCAACCAGAAUCUCUCUAACCGAAAGAAGAAUGUCUGUCAGAGCUCUCCGUUCUGAAUGAUGACGAGUCUUGGGUUUUGUUGUGACGCAGAACCUGUUGUACGAAUCCCUUUGAUUAACUGGAGAAAGGAGACUUUUGAACUGCUAAUUACUCUGUGUAUUUUUUACAGACGUUUUUAUGCUUUCUCCGAGAACUGAACCUGAUGAUUUCAUCUACCUGUGUAUAAAAAAUAAAAAAUAAAACAAAACAAAAUGUCAUUUGCUGAUGGCAAUGCAGAUCUGUAAACUUGUACAAAGCAACAAAGUGUUUGAUUUUUCCUUUUCUUUUUUUAAAUGAACAUUUUUGGGUGGAGGCUUAAGAUUGAUAUAAUAAACCUUGAUGUAUUAAA